UAUAAGAUAACCAACUUACGGUAAACUAUAAAAUCUGAACUUCCCUGUGAGACCCUCGUUCUUUCUACGGUUGCAUCUUCACUUAUUGAAACUUAGCAGAGAGAAAAAAUAAUAAUGAAAUUCUUCGCCGUGUUAUUGUUGGCUGUUUCCGCUGUCUCAGCAAAGAGUCUGUCGGAGAAAAGUGUUGGCAGUUCCAGAGAUUUCAUUUCGGACAACACCCAUUUUAAUUUGUGGACGCGAUCGAACCAAUUGUCUUAUCAGGAACUCAUUAACGGAAAUGCCUUGAAUUUGGCCGCUUCCAACUUUGACGUUACCAAGCCGACUAAAAUCUUCGCCCACGGAUGGCUGAUGAAUGGUUACAACGAUGGGACAGUUAUUGCAAUGAAAAAUGCUUUCCUGAACCAUGAAGACUGUAACUAUAUCGCGGUUGAUUGGGAAACGAUGGCUAAUAACGCCAACUAUUACGCAUCUGCGGCCGAUACCCUUCCAGUCGGCAUUCUCACUGGCCAGUUUAUCGACUUUUUGAUCUCCCAAGGCGUUACUUACAGCAAGUUGCACGUCAUCGGCUUCAGCUUGGGAGCUCACGUCGCUGGCAAUGCAGGAGCUGCUGUCGCAGGAACUCUUCCUCGUAUCACUGGAUUGGAUCCCGCUUAUCCCGGAUUUUCCGUUUCGAAUACCGGCGAAAGGUUGGACACAUCGGAUGCCCGUUUUGUCGAUAUCGUUCACACCAACAGCGCAACACUUCCCGAAGGUGGUCUCAGCUUCCCAGUCAGUAUCGGGCACGUUGAUUUCUGGCCAAAUGGUGGAAUCUCCCAACCGGGCUGCUUCGCAACCGGUACCGAUAUCAUCGAUCUUGCUACCGGCUGCAGUCACGGACGAGCCCCAGACUAUUUCACAGAGUCGAUCACUAGCAGAACGGCCUUCACAGCCACCGAAUGCAGUAGUUACGCUACUUGGAAACUUGGAGGAUGCAGCGGCAAUCCCCAGACCUCAAUGGGUCUUACCGUAUCCACAACCGCCACUGGUGAUUAUUUUCUGGAUACCAACUCCGAGGCUCCCUUCGCACUUGGUUAAUCACAUCAUACCUGACGACGAUACACUAAAGCAACACUCUUCUAAAAUUUUUCUUAAAACACUGAUUGCUUUUGCAAUUUUGUGUAAAUUCUCUGUCAAUAAAAAUAUUCAAACAGCAA